CACUGCAGCCUUGCACAGCAAGCAUCAAGAAAUCAUUGUUUCGAAAACCUAGCAAGAAUUAAAUGGUGCAUUUAAAGUCGCCUUUGAAAAAAAUCAUUUCAGGUGUUUUCAGCUUCACACAGAGAAAAAAAAAACGAAUUUCAAACUGAAAGUAUUGCGUUAAUACAGCAAUGAUGCACACUAGAAUGCUGAUGACCUUUGUGGCUUUGGUAUUAUUACCAGUUUACUUGGAAGCGAUCCAUGGGAUGUACCCGUUCGGCCACCCUGAGUUAUUUUACAAGAAGAGUAAUUGCAAGCCCAUCCCGACCACCCUGCUGCUGUGCCACGACAUUGAGUACUCAGACAUGAGGCUGCCCAACUUGCUGGGGCACGAGACCAUGAAGGAGGUCCUCCAGCAAGCAUCCUCUUGGAUCCCCCUGGUACAAAAGCAGUGCCACCCUGACACCAAGAAGUUCCUGUGUUCUCUUUUUGCGCCGGUGUGUUUGGACGAACUGGACGAACCGAUACAGCCGUGUAGAACGCUCUGUGAGCGAGUGGAACAGAGCUGCGCUCCGGUUAUGUCUGCUUUCGGCUACCCCUGGCCCGACAUGCUAAAUUGUAGCCGCUUCCCAGUAGACAACGAUCUGUGCAUCCCUCCAGCAACUGUCGAUCAUUUUGUGCCAACUACAAAAGUGCCCAAGGUGUGCGAUGCCUGUAAAGACAAGGAAGAGAACGACAAUGAGAUUAUAGAAAAUCUUUGUAAAAAUGAUUUUGCCCUAAAGAUAAAAGUGAAGGAGAUUUCGUACAUCAACGGAGACACCAAAAUCAUCCCGGAGUCAAAGAGCAAGACCAUCUACAAGCUGAAUGGCAUGAUGGAACGAGAUCUGAAGAAGAUUGUGCUCUGGCUCAAAGACGGCCUGCAGUGUACUUGCGAUGAAAUGAAUGACAUCAACGCCCCCUAUUUAGUGAUGGGACAAAAGGUCGGCGGGAACCUGGUCCUAACCUCUGUGAAAAGAUGGCAACGAGGGCACAGAGAGUUUAAGAGGAUCUCUCGCAGCAUUCGCAAACUGCAGUGUUAAUUAACCACACUCCCUUCCUUUUCCCUGUAGUAAUAUUAAUUAUUCUUCUGCACUUCUAUAGCACUCUGCAGGCUUUUCAACAGUUUACAUAUCGUGGGAGCCAAUGUUAAUGAUGCUCAGGGGUUAUUAACAUAUCGAAUAGCUCCCCAUUCAUAAAAUAAUCAGAAAAGAGGGCUCAUGUACAGCUUAUGUUGUGCACAAUGGUGUUACAAAUGUAUGGAGUUCAUGUAACUUACUUUCUGUUAAUAGCUGCUUUAAAUUGAGACACAGCCUACAAUAGAUGUACCUACGGCUCAGUAUGUGAAUUUAAUAGUAAAUCGACAAAUACUUGUCAAUCAUCUAUCAAAUGAUAUUAGGUUUUAUAUCAAGCUGCAAUUAAAAUAAUGCGUUAAAAAAAAAAAACAUUUAGGAAACGCAUUUAGUUUUUGAUUUCUGUCUUGUCUGUCACCAGAUUGUGGUGGUGAAAUUUUGUUUUAACAACUGUAUGAUAAGGGUGUGCUUCACUAUAACACUUAACAUUUUUUUCACCUAUAUAAUCGAGAACGUGAUGUGGCUCUCAUUUGAAACAUUUAAAUAUGCUGUCUAUGUUUUGUGCCUAAAAGUACAGUAUUAAGGCAUGGCACACACCAGAUGCGACACGAUUUUUACUGGGGCGACAUGACAAAUUUGCUGCGAGAACACAGCACACACCAGAAGCGAUCCCAGAAACGACACGGCAGCUGGAAAUUUGCUAGAUCUUUCAGAAAGUAUGAUUACUAAUAAACGCAAUAGAAAAUGGCUUCUUAUUAUUAUAGGUCAGGGAAAUUAGG